AUGACUACUACGUUGCCCGUCGUUAGAAAACAAUCAGACUUAGACGUCUCAUGGGAUUGGCUGUACAAAGGUAAGAAGAAGAGAUCUACCUCUAAAUCGAAAUCACGUGGUAGUACAAUCAAUAAGCUAGACACUCAGACUACUCGUAAGCCCACUAGAAACAGAUCUACUUCAGUUUCAAAUGCUGCUUUGUCUCAAGAUGAUGAUUACAUUGUCCUAACGCCUGUUAAUAGUAACCCAAUAGAAGAUUCAAAUGAUAAAUCUAAUGGAUUCAUAAUCACCGCCAAUAGUAACACUCCUAAAGUGAAAAGAUCAACGUCCGUAUCAAAUGCUGAUGUGUCCCAUGCAAAGACUUUAAGAAGAAUCAAUUCUUUAAGUAAUGAUAAACCUAAGAGGUCAUUAUUUAGUUCAUUAUUUGGUAAGAAAAAUAACACUACUCCUCCAGUCUCGAGAUCCACAUCUUCUACUUCUCUCACAUCCCAAUUAUCAAUAAAUUCUAAAGUUUCUAAUAUAUCCAGAACUGAGCCAGCCUCACCUAGUCUACCCACUCCUAUCGCCUCACCUAGAUCAGAAUCAAACCCUUUACAACCCCUUUUGAAUGCAGAUUCUUCACAUAAUUCAUCAAUAGAGUCUUUGAAACCUAUAUCUCUGAAGAGGGUCACAUUUAACGUCUUUAAUGCUGAUCCACCGCAACAAUUGCCAUCUAGAAAACCAAAGAAAGGUGCUGUACUCGUGCCAGAGGAUAUGAUCAGUGAUGUGCCUUCCAUUUCUCAAGGCAUAGCAAAGGUAGAUAAUGAUGAUACUCAAUUAAAUUAUUCUAAAAAUUCAAAAGAAUAUAAACUGGCAUUAGAAUUACAUAGGAAAUCUUUACAGGAAUCAGAUAAGCAUCAAGUCGCCGCACAUCAUGCUGCAAUGAGAAUUGCAAAUGAAGUUGCUAAUUACCAAAGUUCUGACAAUACUAUUAAACACCAACAACAGCAACCAUUAAAUACAGAUUCUACUUCAAUAUUCAAUAUCUCAAACCUCGCAAUUGAUACAAAAAUUCAUUUACAUGAAAAUCAUUUCAAUACUGAGGAAGAACCAGAUGACGAACUGACCUUAGAUAUCAUUUACACGCGGUGUUGUCAUCUCAGAGAAAUUUUACCUAUCCCAGCCACUUUGAAACAGAUUAAAGGGAAAACAUCACCUUUACAAAUUUUAAAAUUUUUAAAUUCAAGACCAACUUUAAUCGAUAUUCUCUCAUUUUGUGAUUUUAUUUCCAUAAUUUCUGUUCAUACAAUAGUCUUUGAUAAUGUCCUUCUAAGCGACGAAAUGUUAAGAAUCAUACUUUGUUCAUUAGCCAAUUCUAAAAAUUUAGAGAAACUGAGCUUAAGAAAUGUCGUCAUUAACACCGAAAAUUGGAAUCUUAUCUGUAAAUUUUUAUUGAUUAAUAGAUCUAUAACCAAAUUGGAUAUCUCUCAAACGCAUACAAAACUUAUAGGUGACAAUGAAUCGCUACUAAGGCAUAAUUUAGACUGGGAUCUAUUUAUUGGUGUCUUAAAAAAUAGAACAGGGAAACCACUUGAAGAAAUUCUUUUCAAUGGUAUCAAAUUCAAUAAACUUCCAAAUUCUUUUGUUUUUCAAAACCUAAUCAACACUUUCAUCAGGCAGGUAAACUCGUCAAAAUUGCAGGCUUCUAGUAUCCCAAUAAGAAUAGGGCUAGCUAACUCUGAUAUAUCCAUGGAAAAUUUGAGUUAUGUCUUAAAUAUUGCCCGGAGUGACUAUUGUCCAAAUUUUCAUGUGCAAGGUAUCGACCUUUCAUUUAAUGACCUAUCAACUUACGUUAACUUGAUUGUUAACAAAUUAUCCACUUCGAACUUUGAUAAAUUACAGUAUUUUACUUUGAACGGUACAAAUAUUGAAACUUCCUACGAUAUGGCUUUACUUUUGAAAUACUUAUCUAGAUUAGAGAAUUUGAAGUUUUUAGAUUUAUCAAAUAUGCCUCAAAUCUUUCCUGAUAUACUACCUUACCUUUACAAAUACUUACCAAGGUUUAAGAAUUUGAAAAGAGUUCAUUUGAAUUACAAUGACUUGCAAUUUAAACAACUAACAGUCAUUUGCAAUAUUCUAAUCAAAUGUAAGACAGUAACACAUGUGUCUAUGUUACAAGAUUUAGCCAAAUCUGUUGACAAUGAAGAACUUCAAUUGAACAAUUUUGCGAGGAAUAAUUAUUGGUCAACGCUUUAUGCCUUGACUAAGGAAUCUACAAGUCUUGUGGGAUUAGAUAUCAAUUAUGAAGAGAUACCCGAAGAAAUCAAAUCGAGGCUGGCCCUUUGUUUAAUGAGAAACAUGCAUAGAGCCAUGGAUUCAACUUUCCAAUUGGAUGAGUUGGCCUCUCAGGAUGAUUUAUUGUUUGGUGGAAAUUUAAUCAGUGAAACUGCAGAGGAUGUUUUCAAGAAACUAUGUAAGAUUGAUGAUGAUAGUAAUGAAGCUCAGUCUACAAGCAACGUCGAUAACAAUACUGGUUUGAACACUAAAAAGUAUCUGUUAAAGAAAUACUUCGAUAACUUACAGAGAGUUCAUGAUAAGACACGUAUACAAAUUGAUUUAUUAUUGGAAAAACGUAGUAACGGGGAGUUGAAUCUAAUGGAGAAGGAAAAUUUACUGAGAUUGUUAUUACUAGAUAAAAAUUUAUCAAAUAUUUUUGAAUUGUUCAUUGGUGUACCUCAAUUUACAAGCAUUAUUGAUCCGAAAAAAUUGAAGAAAUCACAAGAGAAAAAGAACAAGCAUUUUGAGUCAACUCUGCCAACUACUACUGUACCAUCAGAGCAAGAACAUGAAGCCGAUACGAAUACAACUAGUCCGCAUCUCAUGGUGACUGAAUCCGGGAAAGCCAUCGAUUUUAUUACUGGUAGGCCAGUUUUAUUUAGGAAAUCUUCAAAUACCAGUGUAAAUGGUAAAAAGCAAGAGGAAGAAGAAGGUGAAUUACAUAAAUGGGGUUUCUAUGUACAACAACAAAGGUCCAUCUACCCAGAGCACACCGUGAAGCCGAUUCCUAGGCCGAAUACAGUACCCACAUCUACUGCCAAAUUAUUACCAAAGAUACCAUCUGGAGAAGAACUAAGAGCCGCCAUUAUAAAGGCUAAAGGUAUCGAUUCGAUGGAAGACUUGAUCCAAAGCGUCAGUGACGAACAAGUCGGGUUGGAAACCAUCUAUGGUGAUUCCUUCCAAAACUCGAAAGUUACUGAAACUUACGAUAAAUUGAUCAAUAAUUUAUCUGUCAGCAGAAAGCGAAGCGAAGAAAUCAAAACACAUCCAUAA